AUGCCUCUACGAAUCCUCAUCAGCGGCGCCGGCAUAGCAGGCCUCUCCCUCGCAUACUGGCUCUCCAAGCUAGACCACUCCGUCACCGUAGUCGAGCGCUCGCCUGCCCUCCGCACCAACGGACUGCAGCUCGACCUUCGCGGCCAUGGAAUAGAAGUAAUGAAACGAAUGGGCAUUGAGGCAGCGUUUCGGGAGAAUUCCGCCCCCGAACUAGGCAUACAGCUCGUUGACACGCAUGGCCGGCGGUGGGCGUACUUUGGAGCAAACACCACUGGCAAGGGGUCACAAAGCUUCACUAGCGAAUUUGAAAUCAUGAGAGGCGAUUUCUGCCGCAUUCUGCACGACGCUGCUAAGGAAAAAGUGCGGUAUAUUUUUGGCAGCUCGAUUGAGAGGUACGAGGACCGGGAGGAGCGCAUCCACGUCUGGUUUACGAAUGGGACGGACGAGGAGUUUGAUCUCGUCGUUGGUGCGGAUGGUUUAUACUCACGCACCAGAAAGAUGAUGUUUGGGUCCGACGGCUUCCACCCGCUGCGCGAGAACAUUGCAUAUCUACGAAUUCCGAAGCCCUUUAUCCCGGGGGAGGAGUACGUUGCGACAGCGUAUGUCGCUCCCGGCGGAAAGUUUGUGCUCACGAGGCGGAAUAACCCUGAUGAAUUGCAGGUGUAUUUCUCAAGUAAGCACGUCUCAGAGCGUUUGGAGGAUGUUGCACGGGGCGAUGUAGAGGGUGAAAAGGCAGUUUUUGCAGACGAGUUCCGCGGCGUGGGAUGGCGGACGGACGAGCUGUUGGCGGCGAUGAAGGACAGCGAUGACUUUUACUGCGAGAGGCAGGGGCUCGUCAAGUUGAAUAGGUGGUCGAAGGGACGGGUUGUGCUUCUGGGAGACGCGGGAUUCUGCUCUGCGGCGAGUGGGAUGGGGACGUCGGCGGCUGUGAUAGGCGCAUAUGUGCUUGCUGGGGAGAUUGGGAGGGCGGGGAGGAUGGGGGAUGCGUUGGAAGAGUAUGAGAGGAAGAUGAGGCCGCAUGUUGAAAGGAUACAGGGGGGGAUGAAGGAUGGGUUUUGGGAUGGGGUGAGGUGGAAGGGCUGGCAGGUGAGGGCUGUGUAUUGGGUGAUUUGGAUGGCGGGCUUGGUGAGGGUUGAUAGGGUUUUGGGGUGGAUGGGGGAUGGGGGCGAUGGGUGGGAGUUGCCAGAUUAUGAGGAGUUGAGGGAUGAUAACUGA